AUGCGGCGCUGCCGGUGCGCCGCUCUGCGUUGGAAGCUGGAGCUCCUCCGUGCUGCCAAGCCUUCGCAGAAGCAGCUCACGGACCUUCUCCGCGGGCAUCGCGCACCUAGGCGCCAAAAUCGCCAAGGGUACCAGGCACCCUCAUCUCCGCCUUCAGAUGAUGACAUUCGGGCCGUCUUCGUGGAGGACCCGGACACGGUCUUUGUCACCAUCACCAAGGCGGCGGCUGCCGCAGUGAACGACCUGGCGGUGUCCACUUUCUUUCCGGAGCAGGCGCCCUUGGCGGUCCUGCCCGGCGAUCCCGAUGCCAACCCCGCCAACUUCCAUGCAUCGGAGCAGCAGGCGUGGGACCCUGCCCCCAUCCCGAUCUUUGUCGGCGCCCGCGUCCAGUUGACCAGAAACAUCCACAAGGAGAUGGAUUACGUCAACGGCAUGGGCGCCACGAUCCUCGGGCUGCAGCAGGGCGGCGUGCGGGUGAGGACGGACACUGGCUUCAUCGUGGUGGUCUACCCCUGGACGGAUGCUGAGUCCCAAAGUACCUACCACCCAAUGCGAUUGGGGUAUGCAAACACCCUGACGAAGCUGCAAGGAGCGACUUUGGACAGCAUGACCCUGUACCUGGAUGUACCAAACAUCCCGGCUGCGGGGUACGUGGCGCUCUCCCGUGUGCGCUACGACAAGCACUGGCGCUUUGUCGGAUACCUCACCCGGCACCAUUUCACCCCCGCCUGA